AUGUUCCUGUAUAGCCUGUUGUUCACCGUCGCGUACCUGAUCAAAUCGUCGAUUUAUUGCGCCCAGAAUUUGAAGGGCCUCAGUUACUCCAAUGUGGCGACCAAGUCGACGAAGGUGGGGGAGUCAGAUGUGUACGUAGGUACGCAUCAGUGCAAGGACCCUAAUAUGAAAAAAUACACAAAAAUAUUCCAGCUACUGAAUGAAAAGGGCAAGUCGAUUGCAGACCAGGUAGCCGUCACCGAGCUGGAAGAAUGUGAAGUAAAAAGAGAAACCACGUAUGGAGAAUUGUUUAAUAAGGCUCUAAGUUUAAGUGAAUAUUUUAACGACAAGGAUGAAGGGAUACCGACGAAAAAGUACGACGAAGAUUGCAACAAAGGCAUGUUCAAACUUGUGGGGAUCUAUGGAGCCAACUCUGCCAACUGGUUGGUGGCGGACUUAGCAGCCAUGGCUAGCGGAACCACGUCCCUAGUGAUGCACUCCAAGUUUAGCAUCGAUGAAGUGUGCGAAAUAUUGAAUGAAAGCAAACUGGAGUGGCUAUGCAUUGACCUAAACCUUGUCGAGUCGUUGCUCGAGAAUAAGGAGAAAUUACCAUAUUUAAAAAAAUUGCUCAUUUUGGACACUCUAAGUCAUAGCACAAGUAAAGGAAAGCGAGUGAACCGCCCAGGGGCCGGUACCGAAACGAAGGAACAGAAGGAGAAACGAGAAAGAUCGGAGAAGUUGGAGAAGCAGAAUGACGAUCUGUUUAAAAAAAUGAAGACCAAAGCGGAAGGAUUAGGUAUUACCAUGUGCAAGUUAGACGAUUUCACAAACAAGAAAGUAACCAAGUUCACCCUAAAAGAAUCUGAUCCUGAACAUAUCUCGACAAUUGUCUAUACGUCGGGCACUUCGGGAAAGCCAAAGGGAGUCAUGCUAAGUAAUAGAGCCCUGUACUACACCUUGCUGCCAGCAAGUAAAUGCAGCAUCCUCCUAAAGUUCAAUCCAAAACAGCAUUUCUCCUAUUUGCCCCUUUCGCACGUGUAUGAACGAAUAUUGGCAUACAUCAGUCUUUAUCAAGGAUACCAAAUAAGAGUAUGGAGCAAAGACAUUUCCCUUUUUUCGAAAGAUCUAAGUCAGUGUGGUGCCAACAUCAUUGCGGGGGUACCCAAGGUUUUCAACAGAUUGUACACGACGAUCAUGUGUGAGAUAGCCAAGUUACCUCCACUUAAACGGUUUAUGGUGCAGAAAAUAAUCGCUAUGCGGAAGGAAAACAAUUUCGGAGGAUUCUCACAAUUUCUGGAACGGAUAACUCACGUGUCACAAAAAAUAAGAGACAAAAUUAAUCCCUCCUUGGAUGCAUUCCUUAAUGCAGGUGGAAAAAUCUCACCCACUGUGGAAAGAGACCUAGCGGUUCUACUCAACAUCAAUUUUUAUCAGGCCUAUGGACUGACAGAGACAACUGGACCCAUCGUAAUUCAGCAUCAUUCGGAUAAUUCGACAAAUAACAUUGGAGGACCUGUGUCUCCAUAUGUACAGUACAAAGUAGUGACGUGGGAAAAGUAUGACGCUAAGGGGAAGCCACCAAGAGGGGAAUUACUCCUAAAGGGGAAACAAAUAUUCAGUGGCUACUUCCUUCGUAGAGAGCAAACAAAAAAUGCAUUUACAGAGGAUGGGUUCUACAAAACAGGAGAUGUCGUACAGAUAAAUAAAGAUGGGUCGAUGACCUUUUUGGAUCGAUCCAAGGGGCUAGUGAAGUUAUCACAGGGAGAGUAUAUCGAGACGGAGAUGCUAAACAAUCUCUAUUCAGACAUCGAUUUUGUGAAUCAUUGUGUCGUCUAUGGUGAUGACGCCAUGGACGGACCACUCGCCAUUAUCAAUGUGGACAAGGACUUAUUCGCAAAAUGUCUCGAAAGAGAUGGGGUUCUAAAAGCACAAGGCAUGACCGCUGCUGAUUUUUUGAAGAAUCUCAACGACGAUAAGCUGAACAAGGAGGAAUAUCUCAAAUAUGUCCGAGAAAAAAUGUUGCAAAUGUAUAAGACGACCAACCUAAAUCGUUACAACAUCAUAAAUGAUAUUUACCUGACCUGUAAAUUGUGGGAUACCUCCAACUAUCUCACCCCUACCUUCAAGGUCCGAACCUUCUAUGUCUUUAAGGACUUUCACACCUUCAUUGAGAAAAUCAAGAAGGGGUACAUGGAUAAGAUGAAAGCGACUGCUAAAUAA